UCAAUUCUGCAAGUGGUUCUGAUUUACUAUCGCUGUUCUCUAGCUGGUCUAAAACCGCUUUUGACCUAAAGGGACGCUUUUUGGACGCCAUGGACAUUUCUCAGUUUCCAGGCAAAAAGAACAGUCAAAAUGCAGGCAGGGCACAGGACAAAGCAGUAGGGACAAAAUGUAUGUGAAAUGGUUUGAUACAAAAAUGACAGUUUCUAAAACUUUUAAAUUUGCCACUGGUUCCGGCCCCCAUACGUCUCAUACGUCUCGAAGCUUGCAGGGACCAGAACACGGAAGCCGGAUGCCGGCAUCGGCCGGAGGAGAUGACCGGGGAUGCUGCAGGGGACGC